CAGCCUCUCGAGGAACUCUCCUUCCGUCCACGCGAGGUCCACGGCGCACAGGCCUGAGAGUCGCUCCACGUCGGUGGGUGCCAUGAUGAUCUACAGCCGCGCCAUCAGCGAGCAUCGUCCACCCACGGAGAAGGAAGUGGCCAUGCUUGAGAGGAUCGAGGAGCGUGAGCAGCGAAUCGCCGAGGCCAGACAUCGUGUGGAGGUUGAAGAGGAGCAUCGGGAGCAGGAGUUCAUUCAAAAACAGCUGAAAAAACUAAAGCAGUCCAUGCGGAACAUAGUGGAGAAGGAGUACAAGAGAAACACGUCCAUCAACUGUCUGCGAAUAAAGCGAGAGGAGCAGAUGAUUAUGAUUCGUGAGCGACAGAGACGCAUUGAUGAGGAACGACAAUUUCGGCGGGAAUUGCGCGGAAGUGAUAGGACUGCGUUGCGUGGGAAUUCUGUGUGCCCAGAGUCUCACUGCUAG